AUGGUGGGUACUCGUAGUAAUGGUAACCCAUCCAGUGGCAAUGGUCAGAUGCCUGAAGCAGAUCCGCAGCAGCUUUUAGCGAUGAUUCAGGGGCUGGUGACGAACCAGCAGUUCUUAGCUGGGCAUUUGCAGCAGGAGCCUCAGCACCAGCAUCCACCUCGCUCGGAGCCUGGUGUUAGAGAGUUUCGAUAUAUGCGGCCUCCUUCCUUUACUGGUGCCGAUGGACCUUUAGCAGCAGAGGAGUUCCUCAAGGUCACGGAGACUAUCCUUACGGUGACUCGUAUUCCCCCUGCAGAGUGGGUAGAUCUCAUGGAUGUUCAGCUCACGGAUACAGCUAGAAUCUGGUGGGCUGCUAAGAAGACACACCUAGAGAGGCCGAUUAUGUGGGAAACGUUCACGGAUCGCUUCAAUAGGAAGUAUUUUCCUCAGUCGGCCCGAGAUGAGCUCCUGCGUAGAUUUGUCGAGCUCAAGCAAGGGGGUCGCUCAGUCGACGAGUACGAGGCUGAGUUUUCUUCUUUGAGCCGAUAUGCUCCCCACUUGGUUACAGACCCUACGAUUAGGAGGCAUCAGUUUCAAAAGGGUCUGGACAAGUACAUUAGGAUGGCUCUAGCAGGUAGAGCUUUGGCGACCCAUGAUGCGGUGCUGGAUGCAGCACGGGAGAUUGAGAGCGUGCAUAAGGAGCCUGAAGACUCACACGUGAUUCAGAAGCAGGAACCAGUAGCUCCGGUCCGGAAGCGAUGUCCGCUCCAAGGCGCCCAGCAGCAGAGCCCGCAGAGACAGCCAAGCAUUCUCAGCUGUCAGCCGUUCCUCAGAGUCACCGUUUAUCAGACGCCCUCGGAUUAUUACUAUGGCGUUGUGGUGUUUGAUUCAGUUGCUACUGCGAGCCACAUUUAUAAGAAUCUUGAUGGCACUGAGCUUCUAAGAACGUCAAAUGUGUUCGACUUGCGAUUCAUUCCUGACUCUAUGGAGUUUAAGCAUCCUCCUCGUGACAUGACAGCUGAGCCACCUACAAGCUACAACGUACCAGAUUUCCAUACUCGUGCUUUACAACACAGCAAGGUUAACUUAACAUGGGAGGAAGAUGAACCGAAUCGUACAAAGUUUUUGAAACGGAAGUUCAACACUGAUCAGCUGGAUGAGUUGAAUGAAUACUUGGCUUCCAGUGAUAGUGAUGCUAGUGACGAGGAAGAAGAAAUUGAUGGCAGUGAGAAUGAAGAUGCAGGGGCUCUGCCUGAUGGUAAAUCCAAAAAACAUAUGCAUAAAGAAAAGUUACGAGCGCUUCUACUCUCUGGAGAUGGCUCUGGUUCAGAUAAAGAUGAUGAUGAGGACAAUGACCAAGAAAUGGAAAUCACAUUUAAUACUGGCCUUGAGGACCUAAGCAAGCGCAUUCUCGAGAAAAAGGAUAAAAAAUCCGAAACUGUCUGGGAACAAGUUCUUCGAAAAAGAAGCGAGAAGAGAAAGGCAAGGAAGAAUCGGUCAAAGUACUCUGAUGAUGAUGAUGAUGACAGUGAUUCCGAUGUCCAAGAAGCAACUGAUCAGCCUGAUGAUUUCUUUAUGGAAGAAGAGCCUUCUGAUUCUGAUGCAGAGGUUGCCGAUAAGAAGAAGGGAGAUUCAAAAAAGAGUAAAAAAGGUAAGAGUAGUAGAAAAGAGAGGAAGAAGUCUCUGGAUGAAUACAAGGACCAGGAAGUGAGUAAAGCAGAACUGGAGCUGUUGUUCGCGGAAGAUCAAGAUGGUAAAGGUCAGAAUGCAAAGGGGUACAAGAUCAAACUUAAGAAGGGCAAAGGAAAGAAGGGGAAGGAAGAAUCUCUUGAGGCUAAGUUACCUGAUGUUGAUCCCUCAUCUGAUCCUCGAUUCUCUGCCUUAUUCAAUUCUCAUCUCUUUGCCUUGGAUCCCACUGAUCCACAGUUUAAGAGGAGUGCUGCGUAUGCUCGUCAGAAGCUUGGAAAACAGAAGAUAGUGAAGAAAACAGGGCAAUCAGAAGAAACCGCAAAUGUACCGGAACAAGUUGAGAUCUCUAAUAACGAUCCGAAGAAGAAGGAGAAGUACGAGUUGUCAUCAACUGUUCAGUCACUUAAGAGAAACCUGGGAAAUCUGAAAAAGGGUACCAGGAGCAGAUGAUUUUCUUUAUUUUUGUACCUUCAUCUUAUACUGGCUGUGAAGAAUUUUGUUAGCUUCGUAGUAUUUUAUUUCCGGCCUGUUAUUUAUGCUGUUGUGAGAUGCGGCUGCUUUAGUAGAGGAAAAUUGAGAGCAGGGAAAAAAAAAAGAGAGGCUCGGGUUAUGUUUUUCUGAGUACAAAAUACAGGGUGCGUGACUGAUUUUGUACUAUGUUAUUAUUGUACUCAAGCGUGUAUUUGUGAAUUGUUAUUGACACCCAUUUCUAUUUUUCAAAGAUACUUCAAUGGUGUAUA